UCAUGAGACUCGGUCACAUGACUAACUCAGCACACACUCAUUCUAUCACUCAAAGACUUUAUUCUGCUGUUGUUGUUGAAGAUGGCGGAGGACAGGGAACCUGCCGCGCGGCUCGACGCGUCGCACGCGCGCUCCUCGGACCCGGAGGACGGAGAGGAUCUGUUCGUCAGCGCCGUGAGCAAGAUGGAGGCCAGCCCAACAUCUCCAGCAGAAACCCUCAUCAUCAGCAGCUCCAACGGGCCAGAACCAGAGCCAGAGGAGAUCUUCCUGGACGAGGAUCCCGACGACCUCUUCGCUGAGGCGACGGAGGAGGUUUCUCUGGACAGUCCCGAACGCCAGCCGAUCCUGUCCGACGGCCCGUCUCCCGCCAUCACUCCGGUCACGCCCACCGCUACACUGGACCCGCGGGUGUCCGAGGCGUUCGCCCGCUCGCCGGACCAGGAUGAAGAUGAAGAGGAAAACAGGGACACGUUUGACAUCCAGAUAUCGGUGUCGGACCCGGAGAAAGUCGGUGACGGCAUGAACGCGUACAUGGUGUAUAAAGUGUCGACGAAGACCAGCCUGUCCAUAUUCAGCAGAGACCAGGUGUCCGUCAAGAGGCGCUUCAGUGAUUUCCUGGGUUUGCACAGUAAAUUAGCCUCCAAGUACAUGCACAUCGGCUACAUCGUGCCUCCGGCUCCAGAGAAGAGCAUUGUGGGGAUGACGAAGGUCAAAGUGGGAAAGGAGGACACGUCAUCGGUGGAGUUUGUGGAGAAAAGGAGAUCUGCGUUGGAAAGGUAUCUGAUGAGGACCGUCAAACACCCGGCGCUGCUCAAAGACCCGGACGUCCUGCAGUUUCUGGAGAGUUCAGAGCUGCCGCGCGCGGUUAGCACUCAGGCGCUGAGCGGCGCAGGGAUAUUGAGGAUGGUAAACAAGGCGGCCGACGCUGUCAACAAGAUGACAAUCAAGAUGAAUGAAGCGGAUGCGGUAAGAGUCUGAUUUCUGGACUUGAAUAAUGAGACGAAUUAAUGAGCUGCUCUCUGGCUUCAGACGUGUGUGUGUGUGUGUGUGUGUGAGAGAGAGAGGGGUCAUGUGACGCAUCUGUGCUCUUUAUACACUGACUGCGCACUUUAAAAUGUUUACAGUGUUGCACAUCCAUCAGGCCUUCAUGGAAAUAUGGAUAAUAAUCCUGACUCAUAUACAGCUAU